AUGAAAGCUUUAGAGACUGAUCACGAGACAUUACACACUAGAUUUAUUUUUUAUAGAAAUAAUGAGUUAUUGAUUUUUGAUAGUAAUUACAAAUUAAUUAAUAGAAUACAACACGAUGUAGUUUUUAUUUAUAAAAUGUAUUUUACAGAUAAAAAUAAAAAUUUUUAUAAAAUUUAUAACGACGAGCCUGUUAAGAUUUGUCAAUUAAAAAAACGUAUUUUCAAAAUUGUAGAAUAUUGUAAUGUUUUGUAUAUCAUUGAUGUUUAUGGUGAUAUUUACAAGAUGAUAAAUAAUUCUCUUGUAUUUUUAUGUGGUACACUUUGUUCCGUAAUUGAUGUAUACAUUACUAAAGAUAAUAUUUUGAUAUUAGAUAAAUAUAAAAGAGUGCGUGUAUGUUGUAUUGAUGGUACUAUUAUAGGUUAUGAUUUUAAUGUGGAUUAUAAACAAUUUUUACAAUCUUAUAAUAAUUUUUUAAGUAAAAAUGUUAAUGUUUUGUUUGAAGAAGAAAUAGUAAAAAGUAUGGAUUUUAAGCACUUCAGUGUUUUAGUUUACAAAAAAUAUAUUUUUUUAUUAAGCAAUGGAGGAUUGCACAAAAUUUCACAUCAAUACAGCGAUGGAAAUAUUUAUUGUACAUCAGAAGGGUCUAUUUAUAGAUUAAUAGACGAUAAAGUAGAAUGCAUUUUUUCAUUAUCAUUAAAUAGCAGAGCAAUAUAA